AACACAGGUAGUAAAGAAAUAGCAUCAGUUUUUGCAAGUAAUCAUCAGUAUAUAAUCAGUGAGAAAUAUUAUGAAAAUGUAAAAAAGUUAUUUCUAGUUAAUGAACUAUCACCGGAACAAAAACAUUUUGCUUCAAAUAUACUAAAGGAAAUAUUAAGACUAUGUACACAUAAUAUUGCUGAAGAAGCUAAUAUUUAGCAUCAGUUAACAACAACAGCUGCUCCUAUGUCCGAUGCGGGCAAAGGCAAAAUCAGAUAUGUAGGUGGUAUGUGUGUGGCAAAAAUAUCUCAACAUUAUAUCAGUGUUAUAAUAUCAAAUCAAAACAAUCCGGACAAAAAUGUCAAAAAUCUUGUGAAAGAUUCUGAAAACAAAAUUAACAUAUUAAAACAGAUGAUUGCAAAUGAAGAUUUGGAUUUCCAAUGUGAUAAAACUCUUCAAGAAAUUGAGCGUAAACAGAAUGUUAGAAAAGCUCUAACUUAUUUAGGUGACCAAUGUUUUCAGUUUUUUUUAAACUUAAAUGAAAAAGUAAAUAAACUUUUGAGUACAGAAAUAUUUAGAAUACAAAAAAAGCAAAUAUUUGAAUACACAUUGUCAGAGAUUGAAAAUGAUGAUGACUUGAAACUUUUAUUUUUUGAGCUGUUUACAGAUGAAAAUGUUACUCAGGAUACUGUUUAUUCUUUAUAUAAAGAAAUUGUUCACAAAUACUUACUGGUUUGUCACAAACAACUCCUGAUUGAUACAAAAGAUCGGCUUAAUGUGCUUAAGAAAAAAGCUCAUAGAGAAGAAAUACAGAAGAAAACUGAAAAAAGAAAAUCCGAAAUAGACCUGUCAUUGAAAGACAUUGUUUCUGAUAUUUCCCAAAAUAAAAAUAAUUCACAUAUGAAAUUAAAAUUGAAUUGUAUGUCUAAUGAAAACUAUUUAACUGGAAGAGAAUUUACAAAUGUGGAAUUAAUGAAAUUAUGUUCUGCCUAUGGAGUAUUGUUUACUAAAAAUAUGAAAAAGAAAGAUCUAGCAGAAAAUCUUAGAAAAAGUAUUAUUUCCAGUGAUAAAAUAAUGAACCCCGAACUUUUAUCAGCAGACGUAUCACUGCCAUCAAUAUCAGGGGCUACACGGAAGCGUUCCAAGACUCCUGGUAAAGGUAAAGGGAAAGGAAAAAGUAAAAAAGCAGCUAUUAAAAAAUAUUUCUGUAAAAUUUGUUCUGAAGAAUAUUUAGAUGGAGAAGAAUGGAUUCAGUGUGAUUCAUGUAACAAUUGGCUUCAUAGAAGUUGUGAAGAAAUUUCAGAUGACAUGUGGGAUGAUCUACAAGUUGAAGAUACUCCAUGGACAUGUACAGCCUGUUCUGCAUAGAUUCCUUACAUAUUAACUACAUUUAUGAGGAGAUUGAUAGAUGGUAGGAAGAGCAUACCACUGCUACAUAAGGAAACAUAUGCCUGUGGACUGCGAUUCCAUAAAGUUAGGCACACCUGUACAAUCUCUUUGUCCCAACGCCUACACCUUGGAUUUUGAUGUG